CUCGAUCGGACAAAAUAAAUAUUGCAACUAAAUAAAUUACCCCGCGCUCAAUGGCAUUUUGCCUCACUGCAUCAACCACCAUAGCAUAGCUUUUAUAUAUAUGCCUGCCAUUGAUAUACAAUAAUGUCACUUACAGAAUCCUCGCCUCAUCAGGCGGCAAGAAUUGCCGCCGAAUCCUCUCGACACCUUGCGACGCUGUCUAACUCCGCUCGGAAUGAGGCUUUGGACUUGAUGUACGCCGCGCUGUCAAAGCAAAAAGAUGUGAUCCUCAAAGCAAAUGCGAGAGAUAUCGAAGCUGCUACUAAAGCUGCAGAGAAUGGCGAAUUGAGCAUGAGCCUCAUUAAGAGAUUGGAUUUGGCAAAGCCCGGGAAAUACGAAGACAUGUUGAAGGGCAUUCUGGAUGUGCGAGAACUGGAAGACCCCAUUGGGAAGGUUACUCUUCGAACACUUCUGGACGAUGACCUCAUUCUCGAACGAGUGACAUGUCCCAUCGGAGUAUUGCUUAUAAUAUUUGAGGCACGCCCAGAAGUGAUUGUAAAUAUCGCUGCUUUAUCAAUUAAGUCCGGAAAUGCCGCUAUUCUGAAAGGGGGCAAGGAAUCGACUGAAUCCUUCGUAACCAUCUCCAAUGUCAUUGCAGAAGCCAUAUCCCAGUCGCAAGUUCCGAACGCUUCUAUCCAACUCGUUAAAACGAGAGAUGCCAUCCUCCCCCUUCUUGCACAGGAUAGAUAUAUCGACCUCGUCAUUCCUCGCGGAUCCAAUGACCUCGUUCGCUACGUGAAAGAUAACACCAAAAUUCCCGUUCUCGGCCAUGCUGAUGGCAUCUGCUCGAUAUAUCUUCACUCAGACGCCGACUUGUCAAUGGCAACGAAAGUUAUAAUCGAUGCCAAAACCGGCUACCCCGCCGCAUGCAACGCCGUGGAAACACUUUUGGUGGACCGAGAUGCGGUGUCGACUCUACUACCGCCCAUUGUGGAAGCCCUGCUCUCAAAAGGCAUCAUCCUUCGUUGCGAUGCUUUAUCGAAACAGGCUCUCCUCGAAAAGCUUACGGGGGAACAAUCUGCACUAUUGCAGGACGCAACCGAGGCUGAUUACAGCACUGAGUUCUUAGACCUUACCCUCGCAAUCAAAACAAUCUCACCGUCGUCCACGGGGACCUCUGUAGACGCCGCCAUCGACCAUAUUAAUACACACUCGUCGAAACACACAGAUGCAAUUUUAACCUCCUCGAGGCCUAUUGCAGAACGUUUCUUGGCUGGUGUCGAUAGCGCAGGUGUUUAUUGGAACGCGAGUACUCGGUUUGCCGACGGUAUGAGAUAUGGGUUUGGGACAGAGGUUGGAAUUAGUACGAACAAGAUUCAUUCGAGGGGUCCGGUAGGCUUGGAGGGCUUGACUAUCUACAAAUAUUUAGUUCGCGGCAAUGGUCAGGCUGCUGGCGAUUACUUUGAAGGUGAGGGUGGAAAAAACUGGAAACAUCAGAAGUUAAGCAUAUAGGUUCUUGGGGGCAACAAUUCUUUCAGAUAUCUGAUACAAUAGCAUAUGAUCGAUAUUCCUCCCAAAACAAAAAGCAAACAAAAAGCAGGAAGGAUAUAAAUUAAUGAGAACUUGUUGUUUCCCUUGUAACCUUGCGAGUCCUUGAAAAUAAUCCGCCCUGUUGAUUACGCAUGCUUCCUGUUGGCUGGACUAGAUUGAGACUUUCCUGCGCUUCACCUGGAAGACACUCUUUUGUUACUGCUGCAUCGCUUUUCCUUUCUUUUCGGUGAACAGAGAAAAAAUCCGGUUGAAAUUGGACGUAAUAAAAUACGAGGCUGAGAAAAGGACAAACAAAAGGUUCAGGAGCUCCAGGGAGGUAAAAAAGUUGUGAAACAUCACUCAUGAUGGGCUUGUUCAAUCUGACUAGAAACCUAUAGUGGCCAAUAUCGCAAGACCGCCUCACAUAUUUUGCUGAACCCAAACAAGAACCCAUAGAAAAACACCUUAAACCUUGAAGCCACGAGACCGUCUCCGACCACGAGCCCGUUCGAAUUUCCGACCUUUGCUUUCGACUCUUGGUUUCUACACAGAUGAAAAUGAGCGAGUUAGCACACGAAUAACCAAACAUGACGCAAAUAUGUAUCCAUUGGAGAAUCUCUAACCUUUCCACUGUGUGGGCCGAAUCCGAAAUGUUUGAAGGAUUCUCUGGCAUUCUUGGGACCCCGCAGCAGCAACGUGUUGGCACCAGUUGGGGCUCUAAGCGCGAGUUGAUCGAGAGUCAAGGUCUCCCCACCGGCUUUCUCGAUUCUAGCUCUGGCGGUAGCACUGAAUCUGAGAGCUGCGACUGACAUCUUUGGGAGGUUCAGGAGGCGGUUGUCAUCAGUGACGGUACCAACAACAACAAUGGUCUUUCCCUUGUUUGCCUCAGCGGUUUCCUUGGUUCCUACGGCAGCUACGAUUCGAGAGAGGGAUACGGGAGGACGGUUGACGCGCGACAUAAAGAGACGGCGUAGGACGACUUUGUUGAAGUUGGAGUCGGUACGGCCUGUGUUGUUUGGAUUUUAGAAAAUGGUUUUGUACUUUUCACAAAUUGAUUGCUGGGUCGCCUUUUAUUGCCCUAAUUCUUCUUCAAUUUCAAGGAAUUUCGCGGGAAUUUAGCUUACGGGCAAGGAAGCGGUAGAGCUUCACGAGAAGCAAAAGAUAGACAUUCUCGCUCUUGGGCGCCUUGCGGUGGGAGUCCCGGACAUGGUGACGGUCCAAAUCGAUACCUGGGAAGAUUAGGAAGAGAAUAGUGUCAGUAUUCCACCUCAGCAAACGCAAGUCGCUUUUAAUCAACAACAAAUCUUCGAAAUAAACUCAGGAUAAAAUCGAAAAAUGCUUACCCAUGGCUGCUGGUGGAAAUGGAUACCGUUGUCGAAAGUUGACUUUUGCACCGAUGCGAGAUUCGAAGACAACAAGAUGUUCUGCUUGACAAUAUUUUGGAGCGGAGGGAGUGUGCGGGCGUAACCCUACGCUAGCCCGUUUGGGACGGAUGGCUAGAGCCGCGUUCACCAAGUCUUACAUAUCCACGCUAGUCUAUAAAUGGAAAGUGGCGCGGUUCCAAAGGUUCCC